CUGGCCGACCUAAGCACCUUUUCUGAAACAAUUUUGGCAAGAAAUAAACUAAACAUAAACAACAGAACACACAUGAGAGGUUAUUAAACAGAUAACAAAUGAAAUAUUAGGAACAAGUAGGUGAUCUAAUGUAUAUUGAUUAAUACAUCUCCACCAAACACUGUUUUAUUUGAAAUCUACAACAUUACAACCACUCAAGGAAGUCACAAUAAGUAAUGAGGUUGUGAUGUGAUGAUGUCAGCAUCGUGAAGCAUCGUGAAGCAUCAGUGUAUAGCUGAACUGACUUUGUUGAUGGUCAAAGUCUGACUAGGCAGUUUGUAAUGUACGUUCCAUUAUUACAUCAACUUCUCCCUCGAAUGAGUCUGCUUCGAGUACAAGUUCAUUCUGUGGAACAGGUUGCAGAGUGUUGAAGUCCCACAGCAAGGGUCUUGAGACAAGUAACAUUAGUUUCUUUGGGAAACCUUUUGAAUUCAAGUCCUACAGUGUUAAUGAUGCGAAAGACCAACAGAGAAAGCCAAACUGACAAACAAAUACUCCAGGCUCCCAACAAACAGGUGAUGAGAUACUGGUUACAGCAGCUGCAGCAGAAGAGAUGGGAGUUCUGUAACGCUCGAGGAGUGGCCAGGGAUAGCUGGAACUCUCCCACACUGCCAGACCUUCCAACAGGACUGGUCGCCAAGGAUACAGAUGCCUUCUCGUAUGAAAAGCCUAGUGACUCCACAGAGAGUGUCCGCAAUGAGUUUGCCAUGGAAAUUGCCCCAGAAGGGCUUGUGGGAGUCAAUGCAGCAAGAAACCCUGCUGCCCAGCUCUCCACCAUCAACUUCUCCUUUAAGCAAUGGGGCACCGAGUUAAGGAAUUCAAUGUCCUAUCUGAGAUCAGGCAAGGGGAGCAGUGAGAACAGGAGAAGUGUUUUUUACACAAGCAGUGAGGAGUGGGAGAUGAUUGACCCCACUUCGAAAGACUUUCAGGAUCUGGCGACACAGGAAUACACAAGGAAAUCCCAACUGGAGACAAACAGAGUUUCCGUUGGCUCUGCUUUCCCGUUUGAUUUUAGCCGCAAUUCUUCGAGACCGAAGCGGCCAUUUCUAAGAGACAUGAUCGGACCGAGCAAAAACCGGAGCAGCAACGAAGCCUCCCCGGUGGAGUGGAUCGUGAGCAACGGCAACAAAGCCUCUGAGAGCCAGCUGAAAAUCCAGAGCCUGCAAGAGGAGCUGACCAGACUGAAGGAAGAGCACACUAGCCAAAAGGAACUCGUCCGGCUGCUUCAGCAGACCUUGAGGGGUUCCCAGUAUGACAAGCAGUCCAGCAGCACUCAGCCGGGCGGCGCCCCGGACGGCAUGGAGCUGGUGAGGGAGAAGGACCAGCAAAUCCAGGCUCUGAGCACACACAUAGAGAAGCUGGGGCUGGAGAAGGAGAGCCUGCACCAGGAGGUGGUGUCCCUGAAGAACAAGGUGGGGGAGCUCAACGAGCAGCUGGGCAUGCUGAUGGAGACCAUCCAGGCCAAAGAUGAGGUGAUCAUCAAGAACAGCUUAUCGCACACAGAGGAGUCUUCUGUACCCAGCAGGGACCAGCAGGAGCUGGACAGGCUGAAGGACAGUCUUCAAGGCUACACAACACAGAACAAGUUUCUGAACAAAGAGAUUUUGGAGCUAACUAUCCUGAGGAGGAAUGCUGUAGCAAAAGAAAAAGCCUUAGAGGCGAAGUGCACAGGUCUGGAAGCUAAGCUCUGUCAGAUCGAGAGUAAGUACCUGGUCCUGCUUCAGGAAGUGAAGAACCCAGUGUGCUCCGGGGAGCAGGGCCCAGCCCGCGAGGUCAUCUCCAGGUUACUGGAGGACGCGCUGGAGGUGGAAACUCCUGAACACCCAGAACACACUAUACUCAAACCACACGCUGUCAGUGAGUUUGACGUCUUUGGCUUCAAGACUAUGCCGGAGGAUGACGAGGAAGAGCAGCUGGUAGCCAAGGUGAGAGCCCUGGACCUCAAGUCUCUCUCCUUCACUGACCAGGAGGUCUCUGUGGGGGUCAAGUGGGAGAACUACUUAGCCAGCACCAUGAACAGGGAGAUGGUGCGCACCCCUGAGCUCAAGGGCCUGAUUCGCAGCGGCAUUCCUCACGAGCACCGCUCCAAAGUGUGGAAGUGGUGCGUCUGCUUCCACGUCAAGAAGUUUCGGGACACCAUCCCCCCAGACUAUUUUAACAAACUGCUGCAGGAAGUAUUUGAAAAACAGAACCCGGCGUCCAAGCAGAUCGAGCUGGACCUCCUGCGGACUUUACCCAACAAUAAGCACUACGCUUCACCCACCUCGGAGGGCAUCCAGAAACUCCGCAAUAUCCUUCUGGCGUUUUCCUGGAGAAACCCCGAUAUUGGAUAUUGCCAAGGUCUUAAUCGGUUGGCAGCUGUAGCACUUCUCUAUUUAGAUCAGGAGGAUGCGUUCUGGUGCCUGGUUGCCAUUGUGGAGGUUUUUAUGCCACGAGACUAUUACACCAAGACACUGCUAGGAUCGCAGGUUGACCAGCGAGUGUUCAAGGAUCUGAUGAGUGAGAAGCUCCCCCGUCUGCAUGCCCACUUUGAGCAGUACAAGGUGGAUUUCUCUCUCAUCACCUUUAACUGGUUCCUGGUGGUGUUUGUGGACAGUGUGGUCAGUGACAUCCUCUUUAAGAUAUGGGACUCCUUUCUAUACGAGGGACCAAAGAUCAUAUUUCGUUUUGCAUUGGCACUGUUCAAGUACAAAGAGGAGGAGAUGUUAAAGCUGCAAGACUCCAUGGCUAUCUUCAAGUACCUGCGGUACUUCACACACACUAUCCUGGACGCAAGAAAGCUGAUGUCCAUUGCGUUUGGGGGCAUGAAUCCAUUUCCUCUGCGUCAGAUUCAGAACCGCAGGACCUUCCAUCUGGAGAAGGUGCGUCUGGAGCUAACAGAGCUGGAAGCCAUCCGGCAGAACUUCCUGCGGCAGCGCGACACCAGCACGGAGGGGAGGGGGCUUAUCAGCGACGACGAAGAGGACAAUGACUAGACACUGCCACAAAUCAGACCACACGGAGCCAUUACAUGAAAGAAAACAAAAAACAAGAAUUCAACAUUCCUGUGUCUGUAUUGUUUUAAAAAAUAUGCUGGCCGUAUUUCAUUUUUAUUACUCAUCACUUUGUGCUGGAAUGAUAUACCUUCUAUUUUAUUAUGCGUUAGCCUUUUCUCACUUGCACACCUGAACCGAGCCGAGCCCUCACAGUGCGGCUAGUUUCACACUUGUCAUUUUAUCGAGCUGAGCAAAGAGGGAACUGUGAAACUCUGGCCUCGCAAGAUAUCUGGUACUAGCUCGGUGCUGAGAAAGGCUACGGGCGGGGUUAACUCGUACUGUCUGAAACAAUAGAGUCUACCAAAAGAUAUCACAGGAAUUGAGAAAUACGGGACUAAACCACAGCAUGAAACAGGGUCAGACCGCAAAAAAAAAAUUAUUAUGAUUUAAUGGACGCAGUUCUUGGUCAGUAGACCUGCAAAUACAGAUAUGGUCAUUUUUAAAAAUUACCAUAUAUAAGCAUUGCAUAUAUAAAAACAUGUUUAAAUCAAAGUAUGUUCUGUUUAG